AUGGCAUGCCGGAGCUGCAGCUACCCGAUCAUCUUGCAGGGAGGCGCUGCCCAGGAGUUGCAAAGUUACAUCAUGUCGGAAGUCCAGAUCUUGGUGGACAAAGGAUUUACUCCCACUUGUCCGAACUGGAAGAAUCUGGUGCUUGUUGCAAAGGGCGGCGAGGGCUCCGGCCCUGCCCACUGUGCUAGAGUCGAGUUCACAUCCGACUCAGAGUUGGACUUCACCGUGCACCUGAAUCGAACCGCCGGCUACCUCGACGAAGAGGGGAAGUUUGGCCCACUCAACGGUCUGAGAGACCUGGAUGCAGGCUUUUUGACCAAGCGAUGCAAUGGAUGGACAAAGCAGCUCUGCCAGCAGCAGUUUUACUCCGACAACAGCCUCUACACCGCGUCGUCACCGGAGUCGAGCAAACAAGAUUCGAUGUUCGUGAGCUUAGAGAUGCUGGUCGGCGACUACAUCACACACAAGAAGAAUCUAGAAGGCAAGAUUGGCUACAGAUAUGCAGGCACAAGCGCCCUGCACAACCUGGCGCUCACGGUGUUGCCAUUUCCAGCGCUAGAGGAGCCUACUAAAACUGCGUCAGAGGCCCUGGGCAAGGGAAAGCUCAGCGAAGGUCAGAUUUUUGGUGACCUCUUCGGAGCUGCAGUGUCCUGGGUCUUCAUUGCGAACGUCAUGGGCUUCGUUGGGCGACUGGUAGCAGAGCGCGAGGAGAAGAGAAAGGAAGGUUUGCGGAUGAUUGGCUGCAGCGUCAGUCUCAGACUAACUGGAAGCUCCGCACUUUCACGUACUUCGGAUCAAGGCGAUUUCGCAUACUACGGCCACUGGAUCAUUUACGGCUGGGCUACGGGCUUUCUGUAUGCGACAUUUACUAUGAUCAUGUUCUACGGCUUGCGGAUCUUAACGUCUGGCAUAGCCACCUUUUACCUCAUCAUGCCAGAGCGCAGCGUCGGUGCUUCGUCCAAGUGCUUGGUCUUCUUCUUGGACUUGGCCCUCGUAUCCUUCGUCUACUCUUGCUUCCUGGGAAAUGCGUUUAUGGGCCAGCUCAUGACGCUGGUAAUUUACACCUUCACCUGCAGCGUCAGCAUCAUUCCGCACAUGCCUGGCGGAGACCUUUUGAUGCUUUUCCCACAGUAUGCCUUCGGCAAGGCACUGGGUGCUUAUCUCCAUCAUGAAAGGACACGCUGGUCCCCAGAUGCAGGGCUGGAAGGAGUCGACAUAUAUGGGGCAUUGGGUUGGCUAAUUCUGGAUGCGAUUUUGUGGACGCUCCUCUGGCUUUAUCUGGACCAGGUGAUUUCUCACAAUGGUGGCAAUGCUUUGCGCCCUUGGUUUCCAUGUGAUCCAAGCUACUGGAAAGGCGAUGAGGGCGUGGCCGUCCGCGAAGGGAGCACUGAGAUGAGGAGCCUCGGCCUGGGCACGUCCUCUGAGCACACCGAGGCGUUGAUUGAGGAGACCCCCAACUUGGAGGAACCACCCAACCUGGGCGCACGUGGAUCCAUUGACGAAACGAUGUCACAGAUCGGUCGCAGCUCCCUGAUCGAGCCCGCAGACCGAGGGAUGAUGGCCCAGAUCCUGUCCAAAAGUUGCGUGAAGGUCGAUGAUCUCUGCGUUUACUUCAAGGGGAUUUACUCGGAGGAGAUCCGUGCUGUGGAUGGCGUUAGCCUGGUCAUGUUCCCGGGAGAGAUCUUUGCGCUGCUGGGCCACAAUGGAGCAGGCAAAUCCACUACGAUGUCAGCGCUUUGCGGGCUAAUACCUCCAACUUCAGGCCAAAUCUCAGCAUUCGGGCUGGAAGUUCCCAAGGACAUGGUGGAGGUGCGGAAACGAAUGGGCUUUUGCCCUCAGCACGAUGUCUUGUUUCCUGAAUUAUCGGUUGUGCAACACAUAUCGCUUUUCACGACGUUGGCGGGAAGGUCAUUGAGUAGCGAGGCUUCCGUGUUCCAACUGGUGGCAGAUGUUGGCCUUGGCUCCCGUGCGAACUAUUUGAUUACCUCCUUGUCCGGGGGCAUGAAGCGCAAGUUGUCUGUCGGCCUGGCUUUUGCAGGAGAUCCAAACCUGGUUGUUCUCGACGAGCCCACCAGUGGGAUGGACCCUUUCAGCCGGCGCGCACUCUGGGACUUCUUGAAGCUGCGACGUCAGGGCCGCGUCAUGCUGCUUACGACGCAUUUCAUGGACGAAGCUGGCGUGCUGGGUGACCGCGUGGCUAUCAUGAGAGCAGGUGCAGUGCAAGCUUCUGGAACGCAGAAUUUUCUGAAGCGCCGAUUCGGCUGCGGCUACGUCCUGACGAUAGUCAUGCGGGAGCGCGGCGACAACCACGAACCAGUGAAGCAGCUCCUGAUCUCCAUACUCGGCGAUGUGGACAUUUCAGGAGUCGGCAAAGAAAUUCUGGCAAACGUGCCCAUGGAGAAGGAGGAACCGUUGUCUUCUUGUUUGGCAGCACUCUCGGAGAAGAAGGCGCAGCUUUCUGUGGCCACCUUCGGCGUGUCAGUCUCGAACCUUGAGGAGGUAUUCCUCAAAGUGGCUAGUGGAGAUCAUGGAAGCGAAGAUGCAAAGAAAGAAACUGAGAACUCCUUCCAAGCAGCCGUGGAAGAACAGCCUCAGGUAUCCCAUGGACCAGCAUUCGUCAUGCCAAACCCAGGUGGGACAAUUCCACAACAGAUCAGGGCGCUCAUCGAACGUCGUGCUGCAACUGCUCUACGUGACAGAAAGAUGUUCCUGCUGGGCUGCCUUCUGCCAGUUGUCGGCGUGUUCUUCGCAACCUCCUUCGGAGCACUUCUGGUUUCUCUUGGAUCUCCCCCACAGGGGCCAGGAAUCCCCAUUAAGAUGGAGCUCGCCAACAUGAAGGUAACUGUGGCCACCACCGAAUCAGACACUGCGACGGACGGAGUAGAACUUCUUCCCGAUCCUGCCGGAAAUGAGCGCACGGUUUCGCUGCAGAAGCAGAGUACGAAGUGUUCGUCAUCAUAUUCUGAAAAUCCGUCGAGCUGCACGUUGUCAGAGCUCACCGCAAUGUACUCGGGAGUGCCCCGGGAGUACAUUGCGGCCUGCACGUGGCGGGGCGGCAAUGUCGUCGACGUCAGAAGUAGCAGUAGCAGUAGUAGCAGUAGCAGUAGCAGUAGCAGUAGCAGCAGCAGCAGUAGCAGUGGCAAUGGCAGUAGCAGUAGCAGUAGGAGUAGGAGUGGAGCAGUAGUAGUAGUAGUAGUAGUAGUAGUAGUAGUAGUAGUAGUAGUAGUAGUAGUAGUAGUAGUAGUAGUAGUAGUAGUAGUAUUGGUGGUAGUAGUAGUACUGGUGGUAGUAGUAGUAGCAGUAGAGUAG